UAAAUAAAUUUAAAAGAAAUCUUUAAGCAUAAAUAUACAAUAUAUAUAAACGUAAAUAAAAGUAAUAAUAACUAAUUAACACUAAUUCGAUACGAGAGAGCAUCGCGACGGCUGGAGAGAACAACGCGACGAAAGAGAGGAGACGCAGUGAGAGAGAGGGAACGGAACGCUCAGCAAAAUUCGCCUUUUACACGAUUUUUCAAUUGAGCGGUUUGGCACAUCCAGCAAAGAGACCCCAAAAUAAAGAUACAAAUAAAUAAAUAGCAUAAAACAUCCAUCCAGAUAUUCAGAAAUCCAGGAUCCGAGAAAUCCGAAAAGAAAUCGGACGGAGAGAAGCAAACGCUACGACGAGUGAGGAAAAUAAACAAAACACACCGAGGUGGAUAUAGAAAGAGGAAGCAUUAUCAGUAGCAGCUGAAGGAAUAACAGUAAACACACAAUCAUACACACACACAUACGCGCAUACUCACUCACACAGACACGCUGGCGAAUCGAAACGGCAGAGGAGGCGACGCAGGUGGCGCUGGUGGAGCUGGAGCUAAUGCUGGAUCAGGAGCCGGCGGUGGCGGUGGCGGUGCAGUAGCCGCCUCUGCUCGAAACAACAAUGGAGGAGCCGGAGCCGGAGGAGCGGCUGCAGUCGGCGCUGGCGCCGAAGGAGCUGCAGGAGGUAAUGGAAAUGGAAAUGGCAACGGUGGCAAUGCAGGAGGUGGCGGCGGUGGCGGCAACGAAUGGAAUCCCGAAGAAAUGGAUCGCUUCAGCUUUGACGACUCCAUUCGGUUCGAGGAGGAUUCACUGUGCAGCUGGAGCUCUGAGCCGGAGUCGCUGUGCAACAACUGGCGCGGCUGGAAGAAGCCCAGCAACGCUGCUGGCAGCGGCGCAGGCAGUGCCUCCGGCGGCGGUCUAGGUGGCGCCAACGGCCUGGGCAUUGGCGGUGCUGGCGGUGGUCCAUCCUACGGUUCAACGGGCGGCAACGGUGUACCCGGAUCCGGAGCUAAUGGUUCAUGCACCCCGGGCGGCGUGGGCGGUGCCAAUGGCAGUUCGGCGGCAAUGUCCUCGGUAUCCACCUGCGGUCGAUAUUGUGAAGUUUCCACAUUGGCCGAGCUGGCUGCUCGAUGCGUGGCCUCCUAUAUACCCUUCGAGCUGGUGGAGCAUGUGUAUCCGCCGGUGCCGGAACAGCUGCAGCUGCGCAUCGCCUUCUGGAGCUUUCCGGACAACGAGGAGGACAUACGGCUGUACUCCUGCCUGGCCAACAGCUCGGCGGAUGAGUUCAAUCGCGGCGAUCAGCUCUUCAGGCUGCGCGCCGUCAAGGAUCCACUGCAGAUAGGCUUCCAUCUGUCGGCCAGUGUGGUGAACCAAUCGCCGAGGGUCUACUUCAAUGUGGCCGUCACCUUCGACCGGCGACGCAUCUCCUCCUGCAACUGCACCUGCACCUCCUCCGCCUACUGGUGCUCCCACGUGGUGGCCGUCUGUCUGCAUCGCAUCCAUUGCCCCCAGGAAGUGUGCCUCCGUGCACCCGUGUCCGAGUCCCUGACGCGCCUGCAACGCGACCAGCUGCAGAAGUUCGCCCAGUAUCUGAUCAGCGAGCUGCCCCAACAGAUUCUGCCCACGGCCCAGCGUCUCCUGGACGAGCUGCUCAGCGCCCAGCCGACGGCCAUUAACACGGUGUGCGGUGCCCCAGAUCCCACGGCCGGGGCCUCGAUCAACGACCAGACCAGCUGGUAUCUGGACGAGAAGACGCUGCACAACAACAUCAAGCGGAUCCUCAUCAAGUUCUGCCUGCCCGCGCCCAUCGUCUUCAGCGAUGUCAACUAUCUGACGAACUCGGCACCUCCGGCGGCGGCGGAGUGGAGCUCCCUGCUGCGACCGUUGCGUGGUCGGGAACCGGAGGGCAUGUGGAAUCUGCUGUCGAUUGUGCGGGAGAUGUACCGACGCUGCGACCGGAACGCUGUCCGCUUGCUGGAGAUCAUAACGGAGGAGUGCAUGUCCUGCGACCAGAUACUCACCUGGUGGUUCCAGACCAAGCUGACCCUCAUGAUGGGCUCCCACGGCCACUCCGGCGGCAAGCACUCGAACACCCACUCCAACUCGACGGCCCUGCAGCACGCCUGCAGUUCGCUGUGCGACGAGAUCGUGGCGCUGUGGCGCCUGGCCGCCCUCAAUCCCGGCCUGGCGCCGGACGAAAGGGACAUGCUGCAUGCCCAGUUCACCGCCUGGCAUCUGAAGAUCCUCGACCGGGUGGUCAAGAGCCGGAUGAUGCCGCCGUCGUACACCAACAAGCACCAGCAGAACUCGCGCUCCGAAACGGAACUCUUCAUUGGCUUCAAGCCGGCCAUUGAGGCGUGCUACCUGGACUGGGAGGACUAUCCCAUCCCGGGAGUGACGCACACCCACGACACGAACCCCAUCUACUACUCACCGUUCACCUGCUUCAAGCACACGGAUCUCAACAAUCCCGGCCAGCUGAACGCCACCCAGGCGCUUAUGAAGAACAACAAGCACUACAACUACUUCAGCUCCUCCAGCGACCACGGCCUGCAUGCCGGCGCCUUCAACCAGCGCAUGGAGCGGCCGUUCCUGGUCUCCCGCUACCUACUCGGCGGCGGGGACAUGGACCCGAUGGGCGCCCUGCCCGCCGGCGCUAACGGCGGAGCCUCGUCCAUGGGCCGCCAGUUCUCGGUGGCCGUGCUCGGGGCUGGGGGCCAACAGAUGGGAGGCAGCGGGGUGGCUGUGGGCGGCGGCGGUGGAGGUGCAGCGUCCGGAGAUGCGAAUCCUUCCCAGAAGCAGCAGCAGCAGAAGGCGGCCGGCAGCAGCUCCAAGGGAGCGGGAGCGGUGGGAGCCGCGGCCGGCGAUGGCAACCGGUCGAGCGCCAGCAGCGAGGGCUUCUGCGAGAACGACGACUUCGGCGGCGACACCAGUAGCAGCCACAACUACUGCCUGCCCGGCCAGGCCAGUGUCCCCGGCCAGAAGUCUGCCCUCACCGAAUCCGACUCGCAGAGCAGCUUCGACGCCGUCUCCCAGCAGAGCAAGGACGAUCCGCCCGCGGGUGGCCAGGAGCAGGCCUGCUCAACCUCCGACACCUCCUCGGCCUCGUCUGCCUCCCUGUCGGCCUCGACGGCAUCGGGCAGCUCCAACAGUUCCACCUCCUCCAUGCUGAUGGCCGGCCAGGAGGCGGUCGGCGGGGUAUCGGUUACCCAACAGGCACCGCGUCGCCUCAGCAAGGACGAGUCCUUCAGCAGCAGCAGUGAUGAGUUCAACCACGCUACCAGCGCAGUGGGAAGGUCCGCAGCAGGCGGAGCAGCACCAGGUGUCGGGGGAGCCGGAACAGAAGCGGGCGGAUCCAGUUCCCCCGCUGGCGGUGCCGCUGACGGAAGCGCAGGCUCCACAGCUGGCGGAGAUGUGACGCCCGUACCGAGCACCUCGGCAGCAGCCAGAGCCGCUUUGGCUGCCAGUUCGAGUACCUCCGCGGCACCGACGCCCCACGCCGCCGAGGGGUUGGGAGCUCCCGUGGAUCAGCCGAGCACUUCAUCCGUGGCCGCACAGAGAGCGGCGGCCCACCAGAACGCCGUGGCGUCCGACAAGCCGCACGUCUUCUCCAAUGUGCGACCCACGGAGGACGCCUGGGACAUUCUCCUGGCCCGGGCCGAGGGCCUGCACGCCCACGGACACGGACGGGAGGCCUGCAUCCUGGCCGUCCGCCUGGCGGAGCAGAUGCUGGCCAAUCCACCCAACCUGCUGCUGGAACUGCCCCCGGCGCCGAAGCGCAAGGGCAAGAAGCAGAACGUUAACCCCAUUUCGCACCAGCUGACAGUGGUGGCCUCCGCCACGCUGAGCAAGUGCGCCUUCCUGUGCACGGUCCUGUCGGAGAACUCGGAGCACUACCACAUCGGCUUCCGGAUAUGCCUGUUCGCGCUGGAGAUGCCCCGUCCGCCGGCCAGCACCAAGCCGCUGGAGGUGAAGCUGGCCAACCAGGAGGCGGACAUUUUGGCGCUGCUCAAGCGCCUCCCCCUGGGCUCCGCGGAGCUCCAGGUGAUUCGCGAGCGGGCGGAGCAGCUGCGCAGCGGCACCUUCAAGACACGCGGCGAGGCCCUGCUGCCCAUCAACCUGGCCACGUUCAUAUUCGACGCCCUGGUCACCUUCAGCUCGGCCGGCGGCUCGUCCAACGUCAACCUGGGCGCUGGGGGAGCCGGAGUGGCAACCGGCGGAGCUGGCCGGUCGGGCUUGGUCCCGUCCGGACCUCGGCUGCUGAUGUACAAGCACAACGACGAGAAUCUCGGCUUCGACGCCGCCGUGGCGGCUCUGGGGCUGAAGGCGAAUGUCUCCGAGGCGGAGCACCCGCUCCUCUGCGAGGGAACACGGCGGCAGCGCGGCGAUCUCGCCCUGACGCUGCUCUACCACUACAAGGACGAGCCGCGGAAGAUAGCCAAGAUCAUGGAGAAGCUGCUGGACCGGGACAUACACACGCUGCUGAAGGCGCCACUGCUGCCGGCCUACUACUCCAGCAAUCCGCCGGUGCGGACGCCCAGCAACCAGCCGAUGCGGCGCGAGGAUCACGAAUACGGCGGCGGCGGGGGAUGUGCCUCCACCGGCUGCAACCCGAUGGCCAAUCUGUGCGAGCUCCUGCCCACGGACUACGGCAGCGUCGGCGGCAACAGCCGGCCGCACAGCUCCACCAGCGCCGAGCUGGAGCUGAGCAUGUGCGCCCUGAGCAUGGCCAGCAGCCAGUCGGGCAUGGUGCCGACGGCGGGCACGGCCGGUGGCGGCGCCACGACUGCCAGCUCGGCCAGCACCAGCGGCAAUCCCAGUGGCACGGCCGGAGGUAACGGAGGCAACGGCGGCGGAGGAGCUGGCGGCAGCGCAGGCGGCGGAGGAGCUGGCGGCGGCAAUGGUGGUGCCAGCGCCACUGGAGGCGGAAGCACCAGCAGCAGCCGCAGCAAGGAGAGCCGCUACAAGGGCAAGCGGGCGUAUCCUUCGAUACCCAACCAACCUUCGGAGGCCAGCGCCCACUUCAUGUUCGAGCUGGCCAAGAAUGUGCUGACCAAGGCGGGCGGCAACAGCUCCACCUCGCUCUUCACCCAGGCCAGUACCAACCAGAACCACCAUGGGCCCCACCGCGCCCUCCAUAUGUGCGCCUUCCAGCUGGGCCUCUACGCCCUCGGCCUCCACAACUGCGUCAGCCCCAACUGGCUGUCGCGGACGUACUCCUCGCACGUCUCCUGGAUCCUCGGCCAGGCCAUGGAGAUUGGAGCGCCGGCCAUCAGUUUCCUGAUCGACACGUGGGAGGCCCAUUUGACGCCACCGGAAGCGGCCGGCAUGGCGGAUCGGGCCUCGCGCGGCUGGGACAACAACAUGGUCUAUCCGGCGGCCGAGCUGGCGCUCUCUGUGCUGCCACAUGCCGCCGCCCUGAAUCCCAACGAGAUCCAGCGCGCCAUACUGCAGUGCAAGGAGCAGAGCGAUCUGAUGCUGGAGCGCGCCUGCCUCACCGUGGAAACUGCCGCCAAGGGUGGCGGCGUCUAUCCGGAGGUACUGUUCCAGGUAGCGCGCUACUGGUACGAGCUGUACAUGCGCAACACGCCCAACAACACCGACCACGAGCCCCACGACGACGGCCUUGACCACUCGGCCGUCAGUCUGAGUGCCCUGAUCGAGUCCCAGCAGCAGCACGAGUUGCAGCAGCAACAGCAGCAGCAACAACAGCAGGCCGUGCAGCAGCAGCAACAGCAGCAGGUCGUCCAGCAACAGCAGCAGCAGAUGGGUCUGGGCAAUCCGGUGGGAGUGCCCGGUGGCGGAGGCGUCGGAGGAGGUCCGCCCGUAGCUGUGCCGCCGUCGGUGGGCAAUCCCCAGGCCCAGUUCCAGCUGGCACCGAUCGGACUGGCUCCGUACCCGCCGUACAGCUUCUGCCAGGGUCUGUACGCCCAUCAUGCGCACAACCUCAGCUACCCGCCCGGCCAGAUGCAGAUGUACAUCUCGGCGGGUCCGCCGCCACCAUCCCAGGCCUACGCUGGCUACCAGCAGGGGCCGCCGCCGCAGCAACAGCCCCCGAAUCCCCAGCAGCAGCAGGUGCAGGUGCAGCAAGUCCAGCAGCAGCAACAGCAGCAGGUCCAGGUCCAGGUGCAGCAGCAGCAGCAACAGCCGGUUGUCCAGCAACAGGUUCCCAUUGCCGGACAUGCGCCACCGGGUCAUCCGGGUCAGCCGCCCGCCGGCUUCCAGCCCCAACCGCCGCCCCCAGGUCCCUUCCAGAAAAUGUCAUCGUAUUUCCAGGCUCUGCCACCCCAGGCCUAUCAGGCACUGCAGGCCGGUCCUCCCGGCCCGCCAAUGGGUCCGCCCGGCUAUUAUGGUCCACCGCCGCCACCACCACCCAACGGACCGCCCGUGGGCGUGGGCGUAGGAGUCGGCGUGGGAGUGAUGCCCAUGCGCCAGCACCACAAUCAGCACCAGCAUCCCGUCUACUCGUUCAUGCAACAGGCUCCGCCCCCACCGCCGCAGCAACAGCAGCAGGCACCGCCCUCCCAGCCGCCGGUGCGCCAGCGGCAACCGCAUCAGUUCACGCAAACCCAGCUGCGCUAUUUACUGGCCGCGUACAACGUGGGCAUGCUGGCCAUGGAGACCUUGGCCCGGAGAGUGCACGACGAUCGGCCGCAGGCCAAGUACGCCCGGAAUCCGCCUUACGGCGAGGACGUCAAAUGGCUGCUGAGGAUCAGCAAGAAGCUGGGAACGCAGUAUCUGCACCAGUUCUGCAUAUGUGCCGUCAACUCGAUCGUCAGCCCGUUCGUCCUGCACGACGUGGCCAUCGAAUCGGCCCACUAUCUGGGCAGGAACAACCACCAGCUGGUGAUGCAGCACUUGCGCUCGGCCCUGACGCCGCUCGUACAAAAGUGCCAGCAAAUGUACAUCCAGUGCAUCCACCAGAAGCUGUACCACCUGACGCAGGGUGACUACGAGGAGUUCGCCAGCAUUGUGGUGGCCGCUCGCGCCGCCUUCCAGAUCACACCCGAGGGCAGUGCCCAGUUCAAGGACUGGCUGCAGUCCAUCAAGCGUUCCAAGUCGUGCAAAAAGGAGCUGUGGACGCAGAUCAAUGCGGCGCUGCAAAGCAACUCCAAAUGACAAAGACUUGACUCCUGCAACCUGAUG